ACAUCCGUGUGUGAGUGUGCCAGUGAAUUCCUACAGGAAAGCGCGAAAUCUCAGUACGAUGGCCGAUACAGCAGCGACCGAAGCCCCGACCGCCGCAGCAGCAGCUGCCCCAGCUCCCGCGGCCAAGUCACCCAAGAAGCCGAAGGCGGCCGCCGGCCCCAAGAAGCCCAAGCAGCCGGCCGCCCAUCCUCCGAUCAACGAGAUGUUGCUGGCCGCCGUGAAGGCCCUGAACGAGCGCAACGGUUCCUCGCUGCAGGCGAUCAAGAAGUACGUGGCGGCCAACUACAAGGCUGACGUCACCAAGCUGGCCUCCUUCUUCAAGAAGGCGCUCAAGAGCGGUGUCGCCAGCGGCAAGCUGGUCCAGACCAAGGGAACCGGAGCGUCGGGUUCGUUCAAGCUGUCGGCCGCCGCCAAGAAGCCGGUGGUAGAGAAGAAGAAGGCAGCUGCCCCGAAGAAGGCGGCAGCGGAGAAGAAGAAGAAGACCGCUGCCAAGAAGCCUGCCGGUGAGAAGAAGACCGUCGCCAAGAAGGCAACCAAGAAGGCGGACGGUGCCGCGGCGAAGAAGCCAAAGGCCGCCGCAGCGAAGAAGCCCAAGGCAGCGGAUGGUGCGAAGAAGGCCGCCAAGAAGCCGGCAGCCCCGAAGCAGAAGGCCACCAAGCCAGCCAAGGCAGCGGCAGCUGCCAAGCCGAAGGCACCGAAGCCAAAGAAGGCCGCUGCUCCGGCCAAGAAGGCGGCCGCUCCGAAGAAGGCCGCUGCGCCGAAGAAAGCCGCAGCCCCCAAGAAGGUAGCAGCAGCUAAGAAGUAAAUGGUUGCUCCAGCACAGGCUCUAGAGCCUGAAUUGUACAUCUCAACACACUUAGUCCAUAGCAACAGUCCUUUU